AUGAGAAGACAUGUCGCGGAACCCGUAGAGGAGGUAACCAGUGGAGUGGAAGAGGGCAAAUUGGAACUUUGCAGGAAGAACACAGAAAUUAUGCAGUACCUUGACCAGCAGGUCGGAUGUGUGAACCAAGAAGAUGAAAGGGAAAGCAAAUCGUCCACGGGAUUGAACGAAUAUGUGGUGAUAGUCUCGGCGAAUGGAUUGGGAGUUGGAAAGAGGAGUGUCUUUGAACAGGAAAAAGGAGUGUUUGCCACUUUCAUAUGCGACCAGUCAACUCCUGGGCUAAACCUCACUGUUGAAAAUGAGAUAUUGGAGGGUGACACUUACCAUCACCCAUUGUAUCUGAAAGGUGCAAUUCAUGCGCUCUCUGAUCAUUUUGAUAACAACAAGGAAGAUGGCUGUGGCAUGCUGUUGAUGGAUGCAUCAAAUGCUUCCAACUCGCUCAAUCGUGAAAUAGCGUUGUGGAAUGCUCGAAUUUUGUGGCCUAUAUGUUCUAGAUUUCUCUUCAAUACUUUCAGAGGUUUCGCGUCGCUUUUCGUUGCUGGCGUCAAUGGAGUGAUAUACAGUAGGGAAGGAACAACACAGGGAAACCCACUGGCAAUGUUCUUCUAUGGUGUUUCACUUCUUCCCCUGAUUCGGAAGUUAAACGAUCCGAACAAUGUGUUACAAAAGCCUUCCAAAAGUCUUCUGACUGUCGAUAAACAAUAUGCUGAAGAAGCGCAUCACAUACUUGACAAGUACUCGAUUACUAUAGUGGAAGGGAAGAGGUUUUUGGACGGUUUCAUUGGAGACGGAAAUAAGAAGGACAUCUACUUGAAAAAGGAAGAACUUGAAUGGCAGAUAUUUGAACAAAUGUUUGGAGUGAAAUUCUGGAAACAGGCAGUAAUAGUUUUUACGAGACUAAAGAUGGAUGCGUACAAUGUCGAACAGCGUGAGCGUGUGAACAAACGUACCGACGCUCAAUUAGCUGCAGAUUAUAUUAAAAUAGUCGGCGAAAGAUUCCCGAAAAGUAAAGGACUCCGGUACCUCAUUUUUGACGCUUGUCGAAACACAGAGAUGACAGAAGACAACGAAGCUUUCGAAAAAGGGUUACAAACUAUUUGGUGUUUCUUGGAAAUUUCGCCAAAGUUGCUAACUGACAGCGUGAUGAAAGUUGAAAGCGAGCACAAAAAACUGAAAAAUUACAUCGAACGCAUGGAGAAAGAGAAGGCAGAUAAAGAAAGAAUGCGACAGGUGGACAACGAAAAUAUGAGAAAAGAAAUGAAAUCAAUUGAAGAAAAACACAGACAAGAUCUGGAAAAAAUCAGAGCAGAGCAAACAGAGCAGAGAGAAGAUCAAGAAAAGAAACAUUUGGCGGAAAUUCAAAGACUCUCGGAGAAAAAUGAUCGAAGUCAGUCUCUUCUUGAAGCAAGAUUGCACAGAUUAGAAAAAGACAUGAUUGAAGAUCUCGAAAAAAAGCAAGACGAACACGACAGGCUUCAAAAAAAGUUUGAUGAGCAAAGUCACAACAUGGAAAAAAUACUUGGAGAAAAACUUGAUAAAAUAAACAGCCAACAGAAACAGUUGCAAGCAAAGCUGCAGAGCCAACAAAAUAAAGAAAAACUUUUACAAGAAGUUGAAGAGUUAAAAAAACAGCAACAAAAGAUAGAGGAUGCUCAUUCCAAACGAAUCGCUGAUCAAGAGACUGAAAUUUCUGAAAAACGAAUCAAACUAGAGAAGGAAAAAAACGAGCUGAGAGCCGAGCUUGAAAAGAAACAGCAGUUAGAAAGAGAUAAGUGGGAAUCGAAAGCUUCGGAAGCUGUGGAAACUCUGUUACAGGAACAGGGAGCGGCAGUUCAAAAUACUACACAAAAACAACAACAAAAUUUCGUUUCUUCUGAGAAAGCCAAAUGGAAACAAAUUGCAGAAACUAGUCUGACCAAAAUGAGCAAACUACGGAAACAAAAUGAAUCAGACCUUAUCAUGCAGACAAUCGAGAGUCUGAGUGCUCUAAAUUCAGAAAAUUGGUGGGUUGUUUUUGGACAGCCAAAAGGCAAAGACUGGAACGUAAGAGUCAGAACGGGUUUCGGAGAAUCGUUUCAGUGGAAAAAUUUCAACAAGGAUUGCAUGUGGGAUAUGGGGGUGGCUACUGGACCUUUAUCUAUGAUAAAAAGAAGAGGACAUUGCACCGAUGACAAAAAGGGAAGACGAUAUAUUUUGUUUCUACUGACAUAA